CCGCCGCUGAGCCCCGAGCGGCCCCGAGCGGGCCGGGCCCGCGCCCCGCGAUCCGUCCUCCAGGACCUCGUGGCUCCGCCCUGUGGGAGAGGAGAGGGAAAAAAUGGGAGAAAUUUGGGAGAAAUUCCCAGCACAGAGUGAGGCCAGCGCAGCCCUGCGUGCUUCCAGGAGGAAUUCUGCCUCGGGAGGGUUCUGGCGCCGGUGACGAGCGAUGGGGUAUGAUGUGGCUCGGUUCCAGGGGGACGUGGACGAGGACCUGAUCUGCCCCAUCUGCAGCGGGGUCCUGGAGGAGCCAGUGCAGGCCCCGCACUGCGAGCACGCCUUCUGCAAUGCCUGCAUCACGCAGUGGUUCUCGCAGCAGCAGACGUGCCCGGUGGACCGCAGCGUGGUGACGGUGGCCCACCUGCGCCCGGUGCCGCGGAUCAUGCGGAACAUGCUCUCCAAGCUGCAGAUCACCUGCGACAACGCCGUCUUCGGCUGCACGGCCGUGGUGCGCCUCGACAACCUCAUGGCUCACCUCAACGACUGCGAGCACAACCCCAAGCGCCCGGUCACCUGCGAGCAGGGAUGCGGGUUGGAGAUGCCCAAGGACGAGCUGCCCAACCACAACUGCAUCAAGCACCUGCGCUCGGUGGUGCAGCAGCAGCAGACGAGGAUCGCCGAGCUGGAGAAAACCUCGGCCGAGCACAAGCACCAGCUGGCCGAGCAGGUGGGGCAGCAGCACCAGGAGUGGGCUGGCAAGGGCAGACUUGGGGUGCUGGGAGCCAAAAUCCCCCCAAAAAAUAUGGGGGAGAAUGGCUGGGGGAAG